AAUGUCGCGGAGUGAGAAGGAGAGGGUGCGCGCGCGAAACAGUCGUUUACUGUUCAACGCAUAGAACGAUCAGCGUUGGGCGGUGUCCGUGGUGUAGGCACUGGCCAUUCCGUGGCGCACACUGCUUAACGGGAAAACCCCACAUGAGCAUCGCGGGAGAAAACAGAUACACGAAUAGCCGCCGCUAAGGUUAAGGAGCCGUGGAGAGACCGGUGUCGCCGUCGCUGAGUUAUUUCUAUGCGCGAUCUAUUUAUAGUAGAUCGGGAUGACGACGGGCAGCUGAGAAUCACAACGCAACCGCGCACGGGAUUGAUUCACUAUACGAGGUGAAAACAAGAAAGAUGGCGGAGGUGAACAAGCCUCUGUACGAGCCUAAUGGGGCAGCGCCUCGUCUCAUGUCGUUCGAUGACAUCCUCAGUCACGUAGGAGAUCUCAACCGCUGGCAGCUAAUGAUUUUCCUGCUCUUCUCGCUCGUUGUCAUAGCCACCAGCUUUCAGAACAUGGUGAUCGUAUUCGUCGGAGCGAUCCCUGAGCAUUGGUGCGCCGUGCCGGAGCUGGCGGCACUACCCUACGACGUGCAGAAAAACCUGAGCAUACCGUAUGAGAUAUCAGAUGAAGGAGUGUUGAAAUGGUCGGCCUGUGAGGUAUACUCUGAGCGGAAUUACACGGAGACAGCUCUUCUCUAUGCCAGUGGAGGCCUCGACAGUCCGUUGCCUUUCCUUUUCACCGACGGCAACCAGACCUCGUGCGAGAAUGGUUGGGUUUACGAUCAGAGAGAAGGGGCCUCGACAUUUGCCAGCGAGUGGGACGUGGUCUGUGACAAAAGCUGGCUAGCGUCCGCCACUGGCCAAAGUCUCUACAUGUUGGGUUUUCUGAUCGGAUGCAUCGUGUUCGGGGAGAUAUCAGACAGGAAAGGCAGGAAGAAGACCUUUUUACUGACGGUAGUGAUACUGGGUACUGCCUGCACGGCUAGCGCAUUUGCUCCCGUCUAUCCACUGUACAUCGUGCUCCGGGUCAUCACUGGCGCUUCCGUGGCUGGCUUCUACAAUAGUGCCUACUGCUAUCAAGCAUCAGAUAGUCACCGACGACGGAAAGGUGAGAGAACCGAACGUCAUGGACACACUGCGUACGCCAAACAUGAGGAAGAAAUCCCUCAUCAUGAUGUAUCAGUGGUUCGUCGUAUCGAUGGUAUACUACGGACUUUCAUUGAACUCCGUGAACCUGGGCAGCAACCCUUAUGUCGGCUUCACUCUGGCUUCCCUCGUUGAGAUACCCGCUCAUCUGGUCGCCAUGUAUACAAUGAAGCGCUUCGGACGCAGACUGACUACAUCUGCGACGAUGUUGGCUAGCGGCAUCAGUUGCCUGGUGACGGCUCUGCCGUUCUUACACGGCUUUAGCUGGUUGAUCGUCGGGCUUGCGACGUUCGGCAAGUUUAGCGUCUCGAUCACAUUCACUGUCGUCUACCUGUACAGCGCCGAAAUAUAUCCGACCGUAGUGCGUAACGCGGGCGUCGGCAGUAACUCAGUAUUCGCCCGAGUCGGCGCUAUCCUCGCUCCUUACAUAUCCAUGCUGGGAACGCACUAUUCGACUGUCACGUUGCCUCUCGUCAUAUUUGGACUUCCGGCAGUUAUAGCCGGGGUGUUAGCGAUGUUCUUGCCCGAAACAAAGGACCGAGUACUACCAGAAACUCUGAAUAACGGAGAGCAGUUUGGCAGGGACCAAAGAUUCUGGCAGUUCAUGCCUAGAAAAGUAGUAGAUCCAACGAUAUCCGAACCGAUGGCGACACCGGACCCAGUUUGACGUGUAUCGUCGGCCAUGCAGUGACAGCAAAUCUCACAGAUAGACAGACGUCUAAAGUUUAGGCCUAACGUCGGAUAGUUCUAAUAGUGAGAACAGCUAGUGAAUCGUCUGUAGCGAUAGAAACUUAGUUGUGAUUAUCACUUCACAGAAGUGAGCUCGGUGAUAAUUGCCGAAAUCCAUCCUUAAAUUUCCACGAUGAAAAAGCAUGCUUACGAUCGUUUCACGGAAGAAUCGUUGGUCUUACUCAGUCGUUAGUUUUCUUUACUCGGCUUUCACCUGGUCGGUUUAAACAGCGAAGGUACUCGCUGUCAUAGAUAUCACGUUUAUUUACCCAACUUGAUGUUUAGGUACGUGUACUAAAACACGCGUGCCAUCCGCUGUCAUGCAUGGCACAUUUAUACACACAUAUAUAAAUCAAUAAAUAUAUAUAUAUAUAUGUAUAUAAUACAUAUAUUAUAGGUACAAACGUGUAUCAUAAAACGCUCCACUGCCAUCGACGUGCUUGA